AAACAUCGGGCUGAAGUGAUACGGUGAAGUAGUCGAGCAAAGAGGGGUUGUGGAGGGAGAUGAACAGCGGCAGAGCCUUCGGUCUCCUCCAGCAAUGGCGUGUCCCUUCCGGCAAGUUACUCUGGGGAAGGAUUGGAAGGAGGAGCUCUCCGUCGUCUCAUAAAGGUUUUGGAGUGCGAAGAAUGUUCUCUGCUUCAUGUCCGGGGUUCGCUAACAAGAAUCCGAUGAGAUCCACUGAGGAUGGAAACAUCAUUAUGGUGGAACCUUCACUUAAAGAUAAAACAACUGGUGCAUUUCAGAAGCUACCUAUGGUGAUGCCGUCUAUGAAUAUUCUUUCCUCAGCACAAAGGAAAGCUAGGAACAUCUCUCCUACUAAGGGUAUUCAGAACAUAGCAAAGCGAGAGAGAAAUAGAGGCGCAAAACAACUUGAUGCGCUGAUGAAAGAAUUAGCUGUUCCUUUAAGACAAUACACAGAAACCUUCCCAGACAAGCGACACUUACAUCCAUAUGAAAGAUCUCUCAUCGAGCUUACUUUUGGCCAAGGAAACUAUGAAAAGGUAUUAGAAAGAGUUGAUUGUUUGAGGAAGAAGCUUGUUUCUGUUGGAAAGCAGCAUGCAUCUCUUUGCGCUCAGUCCACAACAAAACGUGAAGCAGAAGAGCGACUAAAUGAGGGCCUUAAAAAGCUUGAGGAAGCUUUUCAAGUUGGAAAAACUGCUAUUGAUGAUUUGUUAAAUGUUGCAAAGACUCUGCGUGCGAUGCCAGUGGUGGACCUACAAACACCUACCCUUUGUCUCGUCGGAUCACCUAAUGUUGGGAAAUCAUCACUAGUACGUAUUCUGUCAACAGGGAAACCAGAGGUUUGUAAUUAUCCAUUCACCACUAGAGGAAUUCUAAUGGGUCAUAUCAUGUUGAACUAUGAACGAUUUCAGGUAACAGAUACUCCUGGUCUUCUUACAAGACAUGAUGAUGAGAGGAACAAUAUAGAAAGGUUGACAAUCUCUGUCCUUUCUUAUUUGCCAACUGCCGUAUUGUAUGUCCAUGAUCUGUCUGGAGAAUGUGGGACUUCACCUAAUAAUCAGUUAGUCACAUACAAAGAGAUGAGAGAGAGAUUCAAGGAUCAUCUCUGGCUUGAUGUUGUUUCCAAAUGCGAUCUCCUGCAAGAGUCUCCUGCCUGCAUUUUACCAGAUGAUGAAUUUGCUAGAUAUAAGAGGUGUGGACCCGAUGGCGCCAUUCAUGUCUCCAUAAUGAGCAAUCAAGGUGUCGACGAGCUGAAGGCCAGAGUUCAUGACCUACUUCUCUCCCAAAUGGCUCGCAUCUCAAGUACACCAUCUGGGUAGUUUACUCAAGACUACAAGGAGUUCAGUGUGCGUUGUUGUAAUCUUGUGUUUCACGGUUAUAUCAACAUGGAAUCAUUUUCUUUUCCCGCUCGCUAAUUAUUUUGGUAUUUUAAAAAUAUGGCUUUGUAGGAAUUCAA